UUUCCCAGGACAGGCAUGGUCGCAGGAGGAUCCUGUGGCCCGAGACCCCUGGUACCCGUACGAAGAUGUGCCGGGACGGACUUUCCCACCCGGUGCGUGGCUGGGCUUUUCCGUGGCGGCUCCACUACACAGCAGGUUCGGGCUGGGACCUCGCAGGGGGCGAGGGCUCCGUGCCGGGGGUGCCCGCAGGCACCACCCCCGCGCUCCCCGGGCGGGCCCUGCGCAGCCGCGGAUGUCAGCGGGCGGCCCGGCCCGCCCCAGCCCCGCUGCUGCCCGGCGGGGCCGCCCCGACCCCCAUGCCCGGCCCAGCACCCCCGGCGCGGCCCGGCCGGGCGGCAGCUCUCAUCAGGGAAACUGGCUCAAAAAACUGCUAUGAAGUGCCCUGGGCCUCCAGAGAGCUCGAGACUUGCCUUCUUCCUGGAAAAUGCCUUAGCCAGAGAGGCUAGGAUUUGGAAAGUGCCAGUUUUCCAGAAUCUCACCCUGAAGGGAACAGAUAUUUCUCUGUCAUGUUACAAGGAAGCAGUUCUCUGGAUUGCAGAAAUAAACUCUCAGUUCCAGUUUUACCCUGAAACAUUUGCCUUAGCUACCAGCAUCUUUAACCGAUUACUGGCAUCAGUAAAGGCCCAAUUAAAGUAUCUUCAGUGCAUAGCAAUUUCCUGCCUUGUCCUUGCAGCAAAAACCAAUGAAGAAGACGAGGUAAUACCAUCGGUGAAGAUGCUCGCAGCGCAGAGUGGUUGUAAACGCUCUCCAGCUGAGAUCUUGAGGAUGGAAAGAAUUAUACUAGAUAAGCUUCAUUGGGAUCUUUACACAGCAACACCAAUGGAUUUCUUAAACAUUUUCCAUGCCAUGGUGAUGUCCAAGUGGCCCCAUCUACUACACGGGCUGCCUCAGAUGAAUCCUUCCCGCCACGUCGCAUUCUUGACCAAACAGCUACAGCACUGUAUGGCGUGCCACCAGCUAGUGCAGUUUAAGGGCUCCACAUUGGCUUUGGUGAUCAUCACCUUAGAGCUGGAGAGGCUGACUCCUGAUUGGUUUCCCGUUAUUACUGAUCUGCUAAAAAAAGCACAGGUUAACAGCAUUGAAUUCAUUCAUUGCAAAGAGCUUGCAGAUCAAGAGCUAAUGCACUUGCAGCCAUCCAAUGCUGUUUAUAUUUUCUGUCCCAUCAGUCAGGCCAUCCAGGGCCAUCCCAAGGCAAGGCUACCCUGCCAUGACCCUUUUGGACUGAAGAAUUCCCAUCAAGUGAGGUUGAAGGUCACUGAAAGCCAGCCAGUUUUAGCACCUUUCAUGCCUACUACAGCCCAGAUUCCUGAUGACACCAUGCAGACUGAUGAGUGCUACGAUGGAUUCAGACACCUGUGCAGUGAGGAUGGGGGAGCAAGUGGUGGGAGGGUGAACGUGGGUGGCUCGUGCCCUCAGCUGAAGGCCGGAGAAGGCAGCUCCCCAUGUCCUCCCUUACAGCCACCUGAAAGGGACUAGUGGAGAAUUACUGCCUUGGCAGCAGCAACUGCAGAACCAGUGAACAGAAUGGCUGACACAACAGAGCUAAAGUGCUGCUGUGUUUCUCAGAGGAAAAUGACAAAUCUUCCUGUUUUUUAUGUCCUUCCCUAAGCAGUGUGCCACCCCUCAGUUUUUAGCAUCAAGUAAAUAUGGAAAGCUGGGGAGAGACUUGGUCACAAUCCUAAAACUCGGGGAUCAAGUUGGCAGAAGGCUACAGGUGCACCAGAGAGAACUGAAUGUCUCAGUGUUGAUUUUUAAAAUAGCUGCGAUGAAGUGUGACAGAUCAAGCCUUUCAUCCACUCACUCCAUUGUUCUCUUGUUAGAGCUAAUCUGACAUGCCCCAUGGGAGAGUGAGCAGGAGCUGCUUUUGAGGAAGGGGGCUCUAGAGCUGCCCUCAGGUGGAACCAAGCUUCUGGUUUAGCAGUGAGAAGACCAAGAAUCAAACCUCCAGUUUUUCUUAUAGGCCUUACCCUGGAAUCCUGGGGUCUGAGGUCUGUGCUCCUUCCUGGUUAAGCCAUUAAAGACCCAACCCCAGUUCCUACGAGAUGUGGGACAUUACUUCUCGUCCACAGUCACUGUUGCCUUGUGCCCUCAUCAACCAGCACGUGCUGUUGAGGGCUUUUUAAAAUUUAUUCUGUUUUACCAGACUGGGCAAUACAAAUGCCUUUAAUAAAUCCUGCCCACCCACCCCCCCACCUCCCCUUUUUAUUAACUGCUAAUCUCCAUAGCAAAGCAGUUUUACAAACUACAAAGGUCAGUGUAAACCUCUAUUGCACUUUUUAAAAAACAGCUUUACACCUUCUUUUAAAGUGUUUUCUUAGGGUUUUGGGGGGUUUUGUUUUAAACAGGGCCAGCAUUUCCAGGUGAUUGUUACCCUAGUUUGAAGGUAUAAUCCAGACAGUACUGGAUGAAUAACACCACCACCCUGCAAGUCCUGUCACGGAACAGGAAAGGGUUUCAUAUGGACCAGCACAGGCAAGUGUCUCCCAUAAUGACACAGGAUAAAUAAAUAGGGAACAGGGAUGAGACAGGAGCAGAGAGACACACAUUCUGCGUAACAGCAGCACUCUUCAGUGCAGAAAGAAAGUUUCUGGCCUUCUUCCCCUUGCUCAUCAUCUUACCUUGUAGGAGAGGAAUUCCUGAACAUCAAACUGUGCAGGACUGACGUCCUGAGCAGCAAUGUUAACACUUUUGAAAGUAUUGCAUUUGCCAGAACUGGCACCAAGAACAGAGCGAGCUUUGUACAUCUGCAGGGAGAAAGCCAUGCUUUUCUUUUUAAACCACAAAGAAAGCAGUGCCUCAGCGUUCCAGAAAGAAACAUGUAGUAUUAGAGACUUAGCACAGGUGACACGUGAGCAGAUGUGACUUGAAGGAACAAUGAAACUGAAGGAGGUCUCUGGAGGCAAGUGAAAGCUACGGCAACCUGUGAUCAGCAGCCUGUGCCAGGGGAUGCUGCAGGGGCAGGGCUCGGCACCAGACAAGGUUUAUGAGGUGCCCACGCAGCCAGGGGCCAGGCAGCAGCACGUCUGGGAUAUGUUACUUAUCUAUCCUGCCGGCGUACCACAGGGAAGGUUUUAAUUUUGUGGUAGGGCUCUUCGCUCAGUGCAGCACCUUCCUUUUCUAUCACAAGCUGUGACUUGACUGCCUGACUUUUUGAAGGAGGCAAGUUGUCUUUUGUAGUUUUCAUUAAAUAAAAUAUAAGCUUGG